GAAGCCGCCUCCGUCUGCCCCAGUUAACGUGUCGGGGGGGCGAGGACGCGUCGCAAAAAGUCGCGGUGGAACUUCCCUACCGUAUACAGGCCUGGCGCUUUACCGUGCCAGGCACUGCUGAGCUAAGAAAUGUCGGCUGUGGACCUUGCGGAGUCAGUUGGUCCUCCCAGCGGCUUUGCGAAGCGGGUCCUCGUAACCGGGGGUGCUGGUUUCAUUGCAUCUCAUGUGAUUGUCUCUUUAGUAGAAGAUUAUCCAAACUAUAUGAUCAUAAAUCUAGACAAGCUGGAUUACUGUGCAAGCUUGAAGAAUCUUGAAGUCAUUUGUAACAAACAGAACUACAAAUUUAUACAGGGUGACAUAUGUGAUUCUCACUUUGUGAAACUGCUUUUUGAAACAGAGAAAAUAGAUAUAGUACUGCAUUUUGCUGCACAAACACAUGUAGAUCUUUCAUUUGUGCGAGCCUUUGAAUUUACGUAUGUCAAUGUUUAUGGCACGCAUGUUUUGGUAAGUGCUGCUCAUGAAGCCAGAGUGGAGAAAUUUAUUUACGUUAGCACAGACGAAGUAUAUGGAGGCAGUCUUGAUAAGGAAUUUGAUGAAUCUUCACCCAAACAACCUACAAAUCCUUAUGCAUCAUCUAAGGCAGCUGCUGAGGGUUUUGUACAGUCUUACUGGGAACGAUAUAAAUUUCCAGUUGUCAUCACAAGAAGCAGUAAUGUUUAUGGACCACAUCAGUAUCCAGAAAAGGUUAUUCCAAAAUUUAUAUCUUUACUACAACACAACAGGAAAUGCUGCAUUCACGGAUCAGGGCUUCAAACAAGAAAUUUUCUUUAUGCUACUGAUGUAGUGGAAGCAUUUCUCACUGUCCUCAAAAAGGGGAAACCAGGUGAAAUUUAUAACAUUGGAACCAAUUUUGAAAUGUCAGUUCUCCAGCUUGCCAAAGAACUGAUACAACUGAUCAAAGAGACUAACUCAGAGUCUGAAAUGGAAAGCUGGGUUGAUUAUGUUAAUGAUAGACCUACCAAUGACAUGAGAUAUCCAAUGAAGUCAGAAAAAAUACAUGGCUUAGGAUGGAGACCUAAAGUACCUUGGAAAGAAGGAAUAAAGAAAACAAUUGAAUGGUACAGAGAGAAUUUUCACAACUGGAAGAAUGUCGAAAAGGCAUUAGAACCCUUUCCAGUUCAGCCACCGUUUGUCUAAUCAGGACAAUUUUCAGAAAAAGAAGAAAAUUAACCUACCUCAACAAGUGAUAUGUAAUCAAGUAACCAAAUGAAAUGUCUGUCUUUUCAUUUGUAA